UGUUGGGUCUGACAGCGGGUAGUUUUAUCUCCACGUAAAGGUAGCUCCUUCUAUCACAGUGUAGUCAAUAUUGUUCGCGUGGUCACGGAGAGGUGUCUACAACGUUUGCUAAAUAUAGAGAGGGUAAAUAUGGCGACAAUAGUGAAGAGGAUAGCAUAUUCACCUAUACGUAGCUUUCUACCUGGUGCACGUUACCAUAACGUUAGAGUGGGUGUUUUAUCCAGUGUCCUUAGCAAGCAAACUUCCAAACACUAUAUAUUUCGGCAUUCACUUUGUACUUCAUCAGGAGUGUCGACCGAUCCAACACCGAAAGUCCAAAGUACAACAAAAAAGAGAGAUUACAAUGUUGGUGUGCUUGGUGCUGGACGGAUAGCGUCUUCAGUUCACAUCAGGAACAUUUUGAAGAAUAGGCGUUUAAAUCUAAAGUGGAUCCUAGAUGACUCCCCAGCUGCUGUAUCAAGCUGCAAGGAUCUCCUAAAUCUACACAACACUCCAUUUUACACUAGCGAUGACCGGGAAUCACUUUUAAGUGAUGAAAGUCUGGACGCCGUAUUUGUUUUUACACCAACAGACACUCAUGCUGAUUAUAUAUGCGAAAGCCUCAGCAGAGGAAAGGCCGUUAUGACGGAGAAACCCUGUGGCGAAACAUACGCUGACAUAAAAAGGUGCUACGACAUGGCCGAACGCGUUAAUAAACCUCUUCUCACAGGAUUUCAGAGGAGAUUCGACAGAACGUUCCGUGAUGUGUUUCAGUCCACAAGAGAUAAAGCACUUGGAGACUUAAAAUUCAUGAGAGUUACCGGUCGAGACUCACCUAGACCGUCAUACGAGUUUUUAAGAAAUACAGAUAUGGGAGGAUGUAACAUAAUAUCUGACAUGGCCGUCCACGACAUAGAUAUGACUGUUUGGCUGACGUCCGCAGAGAGACCAAUAUCUGUAUAUACAAUGAGUCAUAUGCAUGAUCCAAUCAUGAAAGAGAUAGGUCAGCCUGAUUCUGCUACCUUGGCGCUGAAGUACGGAAGCGGAUUAAUGGCCAUAAUAGAUUCGGAUAGAUACGCUCCGUAUGGCUACGAUAUGAGAGUAGAGAUUUUCGGGGCCGAGGGAAUGGCGCUGGCUGAAAAUCCUAGAGAGUCUGCUUCCGUGAUUGACGUUCAAAAUGGUGGCAAACUAAACAGGCUGUACGACUCAUUUCCCCAAAGAUUCGAGGCAGCAUUUGAAAAAGAAAUAGACCACUUUGUUGAUUGUUUGGAUGGUAAAGACACACCACUGAUAAAGAAGGCAGAAUGUCUACUUACUAUGGAAAUAGUAGAGAAAGGAGUGGAAUCAUUCAAAACCGGAAAUGUGGCAUAUCUAUAAACAUGCUAUCGGAGAAAGUACCGAGUAAAAUAGACAAGUAGCAUGUCCUGAUAAUGUAUCUGUUCCCUUAUACCACACAUAUAGGAUAUUGUAUGAGUUCCCAUUUCAUAUGAGAUUUAUGAAAUGAUUCUUAGAAUUUUUCAACGUAGCGAGCCUCUGGCGAGCUAAAAUGAAAAAUUCGUGAAGAGAUUCGUGAAGAGAUUCAUUAAUUUCAUAUGAAAUGAAAACAACUGUUAGACCCUUUUUUAUCACAUAAUCAAGAUUUGUAGCAUUUGUUCGUGUAAAACGACAAAUUUUAUGCAACCUUGAAAUGUAAAAAGCUGACAUUUUUACUCCAGUGCGUUAGUCUGUGACGUCAUGUACUUGUCCUAGGCGUGACGUCACAAUUGAAACUUACAACUAAUCACAGGGCUGAUAGGUCAUAUAACAUUCACUGGAUAACACAGUUCAUGGGAUAAAUGUAUAUCAUCGAUAUAUCGUUAAGGCAUAUCUGAACAUGUACACUUAUCGUUUCGUUCUUCUCCUAUUGUCCACUACUUCCCGGUUUGCCUCUUGCACAUAAAUAUACAUUUAUAGCUGCAUCAUUCUUUUCUAUAGUGACAUAUAGUCUAAAAAAUAAUAUCCUUAUUUUAUGAUCCAUUGAUAUUUGAUUUUAUGAAGAAUUACGAUAACUUAUAGAGGGUACAUUGACGAUAUGUAUUGUUAUAGUUGAGUGGGUCAUAGACGCAGUCAUAAAUAUUUAACCCGUGCAAUAUUUUAUCGAUUUGACAUACAGGUGUUGAGUUAACUUACUAGUACCUAUGAUUACCUUUAAAGCGGGAACUGGUACGCUUCGUUACAUUCUCCUUUCCAGUUGGUCAGAUAUUCAGUACAUAUUAAUAAUGUUCACUUUUGCUUGUUUUGCUACAAAUGAGAAAAAAUACAUUAAACGCAGCAUUUAUAAAAACAUAAAUAAUGUACACGUUUGCUUCUUUUUUUUUUUGCUACAGAUAAAAAUAUAACCAUGGACGCUGCAUUUAUACUGCGUUUGUUUCAAAAAAUGAUAAACAUAUAUAAAUCUUUGCCAAUAUGUUUUCUUCUGGUCAAGCCAUUGAUGACCUAAACAAUGACAAUGUCUACACUUUGUUCUUGUAUAAACCGCCGUACGUCAGACUUGAUAUUAUCUGAAACCAUCUUAUAUCUCGUUAGAUAUUCUUAUGAUACAUACUGCUUUCAUGGAGAGUCUAGUGUAGGAGGUUACUGAAGCAUGCACAAUCGUAAUAUAGUAUAAUAUGUAAGUCAUGCUAUACACUGAUAAUAUACAACAUUUGAUACAGCGCGCGGAAAUAUUUGGUAAAUACAUGUAACACUUCUAAAAACGUCCAAAAGGUAUAAAACGUGAUACAGUAAUUAAAUGAGU